UCUUCUUUUCCUCCUUCUAGUUCCUUUCAUAAAACCAAUAUACCCAGAGUAAAGAAAACAACAGCAUGUCGCACACGCACUCCCACGACCAUGGCGACGGCGGCCACCCCCACAGCCACUCCCACGACUUCAACUCCCAGAGCGGCUUCAACGCCCAGGAGCAUGGCCACAGCCAUGAGAUCCUCGAUGGCCCCGGUAGCUAUCUGGGCCGCGAGAUGCCCAUCGUCGAGGGAAGGAACUGGGACGAGAGGGCUUUCACUAUUGGUAUUGGCGGCCCCGUAGGCUCCGGCAAAACAGCCCUCAUGCUCGCCCUCUGCCACGCCCUCCGCCUCUCCCACUCCCUCGCCGCCGUAACCAACGACAUCUUCACGCGCGAAGACGCCGAGUUUCUCACCCGCCACAAGGCGCUUCCCCCCCAACGCAUCCGCGCCAUCGAAACAGGCGGAUGCCCCCACGCCGCCGUGCGCGAGGACAUCUCGGCCAACCUGGCGGCCCUCGAGGACCUGCACGCCCAAUUCGACACGGACUUGUUGCUCAUCGAGUCCGGCGGCGAUAACUUGGCGGCGAACUACAGCCGGGAGUUGGCGGAUUUUAUUAUUUACGUGAUUGAUGUCUCGGGGGGUGAUAAGGUGCCGAGGAAAGGCGGGCCGGGGAUCACGCAGAGCGAUUUGUUGGUGGUUAAUAAGACGGAUUUGGCGGAGGCGGUGGGGGCGGACCUUGGGGUGAUGGAGAGGGAUGCGAGGAAGAUGAGGGAGGGCGGGCCGACGGUGUUUGCGCAGGUUAAGAAGGGGGUGGGCGUGGAGCAUAUUGUUGGAUUGAUGCUGAGUGCGUGGAGGGCGAGUGGGGCGGAGGAGAACAGGAGGAGGAAGGGGGGGCCGAGGGCUACGGAGGGGUUGGAGGAGUUGGAGAAGUAGGCUUCCGCU